UAUAAAUAUUAAUAAAUAAAAUAAAUCAAUCAAUGCAGUUGGUUUUUACUGAUGUCAAUGUGAAUGCAAUUUUAUCUGACGGAUUUUCCAAUGUACAGUCACAUUGGCACUUUCAAGAUUGAAAUGUAGUAGGUUAUAUUAAUAAAAUGCAAUGAUCGAAAGUAUUUAUGUACCAGCCUACAUAACAAUUUAAUGCUUUGUAUUUAUUUGCAAUUUACCCGAUAUCAGCUUGGUGAUACGGGUCAUUAUAGAAUUAAAAUUGAUAACAUUAUCGGUGAUAGUGUAGUCGAUAUCGUUUUAUUUUGCUUCUGGCAAAGUUAUUGUUACGACCUUUUUGCUGUAGUGAGUUGAUUGUAGUUUAAAAUGUCGGUACGUGAGUUGAACCCGGAACUGGCAGCGGUUGCACAGGGGGAGUUGAACGAAGAUCCAAAGAGGGUGAAAGAGGAUCUGCAACAUCUUAAAGACUGGCUGGCUAAGCAGCCACACUUAAACGCCAGGAUAGACGAUCAAUGGUUGAUAGCUUUUCUCCGAGGAUGCAAGUUUAGUUUAGAGCGUACUAAAGAAAAACUGGAUCUCUAUUAUGCGAUUCGCAAAACGGCUCCAGAUCUAUACAGGCUCCAUCACAAAGAUCCACUUUUUAAUGAAAUCCUUGAACUGGGGAGUUACUUAAUUUUGCCCAAAGCACCUGGACCAAAGUCCCCUAAAAUCUGCAUAAUCAGCCCUGGAAGAUAUGAUGCGGAUAAAUAUUCUAUUAGCGACGUUUUAUCUGUAUCCUAUGUGUUAAUCAAAAUACUUUUGUUCGAAGACGACCAUUUGGUUGUCACGGGAUUACAAACAAUACUAGACUUGGAAGGAGUUACGAUGGCACACUUUUUCCAAAUGACUCCUCUGCAAAUGAAGAAAAUGGUGGUGUCGGGUCAGGAUGCUCUUCCUUUGCGAAUGAAAGGGACGCACUACUUAAACACUCCUGCAGGGUUCGAGACAAUAUUUAACGCUAUCAAAGGUUUGCUCAAUGAGAAGAAUCAGAAACGACUGUAUGUCCAUAACAAAAAUUAUGAUGAAAUGUACAAAAGUAUCCCGAGGGAGGUUUUACCUAAAGAGUACGGGGGUGAUGCAGGGACCAUACAAGAAAUUGUCGAUUACUGGAAGAAGAAAGUAGAGGAGUACAGCGAUUGGUUGGAAGAGGACUUGAAGUACGGCACUGACGAGUCCAAAAGGCCAGGCAAGCCUAGGACGGCAGAGAGCAUGUUCGGCGUCGAGGGGUCCUUCAGGCAGCUCGAAUUUUUGUUUGUAGCUACAAUGGGUGUUCGUGUGUUAUGUCCGGAAUUGGCCGAAAAGGCCCGAUUGGAACUCAAUGAAGAUGAAACAAAAAUGAACAAUGCUAUACAGCAUAUCAAAGAUUGGAUAGCCAAGCAACCGCAUAUACAUGCCCGAACAGAUGACCAGUGGCUGGCCGCAUUUCUGAGAGGAUGUAAGUUCAGCUUAGAACGAGCCAAGGAAAAACUAGAUUUCCACUACACAGUUCGGAACACUGCGACAGAUCUCUUUCGGAUAAAACAUAAAGAUCCUUUGUUUCAUGAAAUUCUAGGUUUGGGCGCUGUCUUAAUUUUGCCGAAGUUGGCCGGCCCUGCGGAGCCGAGGGUCGCUAUAGUGAGGCCUGGAAAGUACAAUCCCAAUAAAUACACAGUGUCAGAUAUAAUAUCUGCGUCCAAUAUUUUACAAAAGAUCAUCAUAAUGGAAGAUGACAACUGCAUAGUGGCAGGAAUCAGAGCAGUGCUCGACCUGGAGGGAGUCACGUUGGGUCACUUCAUGCAAAUGACGCCAAUACAGAUGAAGAAAUUGGUUGUCUCUUUACAGGACGUCAAUCCUUUCAGGAUGAAAGGAACCCACUAUAUAAAUGUUCCGCCUGGAUUCGAAAUGUUCUUGAAUGCUAUAAAAGCACUUUUGAAUGAAAAGAGUAAAAAUCGACUCUUUGUACACAAUAGAAAUUAUGAGGAGAUGUACAAAUAUAUUCCCAAGGAAGUAUUACCAGCGGAGUACGGUGGAGAAGGCGGCACUAUAAAAGACAUUAUAGAAUACUGGGAGAAGAGAGUGGAGGGAUACAGUGAGUGGUUGGAGGAGGACCUUCAGUUCCGCAGUGACGAGGCCAAGAGGCCUGGCAGGCCCAAGACGGCGGAGUCCAUGUUUGGCUCCGACGGUUCCUUUAGGCAGUUAGAUUUUGAUUAAUAUAAUUAAUUACUUAAUAAAAUAUCAAGAUAUACGACUGCACAGAAAAUGGAAGGACGAACGAGGAAGGAUAAAGAUUUGAAUUGAUUACAUACACGGGGCUGCACGAUAUUAAUGUUGGUUAGGGUGGAUUCGAUCAAACAAGAGCAAAUAUUAAUCUCAGAACAAACUUGUCAUUUUGACAUAUUUCCCAUACUGAAACUGUCAAUGUGCCAUUUAUAACAUGAGUUAUU